UAACACCACUCAGUCGCUGUCGAGAAGUUAAUUUCAUCAUCUCAUCGUGAUCCGCCGUAUCAAUUAUCUUCUUUUUCACUUUUAUUCGUGACUUCCGUGCGCAGUGACACGGUGAGAUGGCGAAAACGGGCCUCCUCAUCACGUCCAGCCUGUCGCGCGUAUCGGCGGUGCUGCAGGCCGCCCGGAAGCAUGUGUUCAAGACGCUGUACAUCCAGAUUGAGCCGAAGAACACCAACAUCCAGACCAUUCCCGUCUACUGCUCCGCCAUCAACCGCAUCUACGCCUCCUCCAGCGUCCACUGCGGCCACCUGGACGUGCGCGUGCUGAUCACGAACCUCCGCGGCCACCGCGUGCAGAAGCUGAGCGAGCAGGUGGACGUGCUGAUGUUUGACUCCGCCGUGCCGCAAUCCGAGGCGUCUCUGCUGGCCGAGGGACUGCGGGCGCCCAGCGUGGUGCAGCUGGAGCAGCUGGAGAACGUCCCGGACAUGGGGGUGUUCGAGGAAAUCGACCCCACAGACAGUCACCGGAUGUACGACAAUGUUGUGCUGGGAGGCACCUUUGACCGGCUCCACAUGGGCCACAAGAUCCUCCUGUCCAACGCCGUGCUGCGGACCAAGAAGCGCCUGGUUGUGGGCGUCACAGACGCCAACAUGGUGAAGUCGAAGAAACUCCCGGAAUUGAUUCUGCCAGUGGAUCAGAGGAUACAAGACGUCACCAACUUCCUGCGGGACAUUGACCACUCUCUGCGGUACGAAGUGGUGCCCAUAGCGGAUCCCUUUGGGCCCACAGCCACAGAUCCUGACAUGGAUUUGAUCGUGGUGAGCCAGGAAACGCUCAGGGGAGGUGAGAAAGUCAACGAACUGCGCCAGAAGAGCAACCUCAACACACUGGAUGUGUACUGUAUAAAAAUGCUGGAGGUUGAGCCCGAUGUGACGGACAAGGAGGUGAAGAUUAGCUCAAGUAAUCAGCGAAUGGACAUGCUGGGGACUCGCUUGAGGGAUCCUGAGCUCAAACCACACCUGGAGAGGCGUCCUUAUCUCAUUGGUCUGGUGGGUGGGAUUGCCUCGGGGAAGAGUAUCAUGUGCGAGCGGCUGAAGCGCUUCGGGGCCGCUGUAAUUGACUGUGACAAGCUUGCCCACUCUGUCUAUGAGCCCGGAACUGAGUGCUUCAAUGCGCUGAAAUCACACUUUGGCUCUGGGAUUGUGGGCAGUGAUGGGCGAAUCGACAGGAAAGUCCUGGGUUCCAUUGUCUUCAACAACAAGGAAAAACUGGAGGAACUCAAUGGCAUUGUGUGGCCAGAACUGCUGAAGACUGUGAAGGAGAAAGUGUCAGAGAUCCGGCAGAGUGGGAAGCAUCAAGUGGUGGUCAUUGAGGCGGCGGUGCUGAUCAAGGCCGGCUGGCAGCGGGAAGUGCACGAGGUUUGGUCGCUCAUCAUCCCACCGGAAGAGGCGGAGAAGAGGCUUCAGGAGCGCAACAACCUCACUGAACAGGAGGCCAAGAUGCGCAUUGAAUCCCAGCUGAGUAAUCAGACUGUCGUGCAGCAUUCCAAUGUCGUCUUCUCCUCGCUGUGGAGCUACGAAUUUACCGAGAAACAGGCCGUUAGAGCCUGGGAAAUGCUCACGAAGCACUUGGAAGCCGAAAUGACCUCAAAGAUUUGAUAGGUAGAGUUUAUGUAGCGCUUUUAUAUAUGAUAUUUGUUAUUGUUAUUAUAUCUACUAUUUUCUGUUGGUUCUUGAGAAAUGCAUUUUGAAAUACUCCAGCUGAAGUGUGUAUGACUUUGAAUUGGUAUCUUAAGGCC